CUUGCGGCGGACCCUUCCGACGUCUGCGCGAACCGGCGGCUCCGCCGGGCCUAGGGCUCGUUCGCCCCGCCCCGCUGCCCGCGCCUUCGCGGCGUCCACUUCCUGGCCCUCCCCACUUUUAGCGAAACCAACGAGAAGACACCGCCCGCAUCUAGAGCAGCCCGACCAGGAGCGUAACCGAGGGGCGCGCGAACGUGAGAGGAAAGCCGUGCGCAGCUGCGCUCUCCCACCCCUGAGUCGUUCUAGACGCGGAGCUGUGUUUAUUGACCAAGUUCUGUGAGUGACACAAGAAAACCAUCCUGCCUCUUUCCUCACCCUCCCCACCCCUACUGAGGAAUUACAUCUGCCAAGGAAAAAAUGCUUUCUGAAAGCAGUUUAUUUUUGAAGGGUGUGAUGCUGGGAAGCGUUUUCUGUGCCUUGAUCACUAUGCUAGGGCACGUUAGGAUUGGUUAUGGAAAUAGAAUGUACCACCAUGAGCAUCAUCACCUACAAGCUCCUAAUAAAGAAGAUAUCUUGAAAAUUUCAGAGAAUGAACGCAUGGAGCUCAGUAAGAGCUUUCGGGUAUACUGUAUCAUCCUUGUAAAACCCAAAGAUGUGAGUCUUUGGGCUGCAGUGAAGGAGACUUGGACCAAACACUGUGACAAAGCGGAGUUCUUCAGUUCUGAAAAUGUUAAAGUGUUUGAUUCAAUUAACAUGGAAACAAAUGACAUGUGGUUAAUGAUGAGAAAAGCUUACAAAUACGCCUUUGAUAAAUACAGAGACCAGUACAACUGGUUCUUCCUUGCACGCCCCUCAACGUUUGCUAUUAUUGAAAACUUAAAGUAUUUUUUGUUAAAAAAGGAUCCAUCACAACCUUUCUAUCUAGGCCACACUGUAAAAUCUGGAGACCUUGAAUAUGUGAAUGUGGAAGGAGGAAUUGUCUUAAGUAUAGAAUCAAUGAAAAGACUUAACAGCCUUCUCAGCAUCCCUGAAAAGUGUCCUGAACAGGGAGGGAUGAUUUGGAAGAUAUCUGAAGAUAAACAGCUAGCAGUCUGCCUGAAAUAUGCUGGAGUGUUUGCAGAAAAUGCAGAAGAUUCUGAAGGAAAAGAUGUAUUUAAUACCAAAUCUGUUGGGCUUUUUAUUAAAGAGGCAAUGACUAAUCAACCCAACUUGGUAGUAGAAGGAUGUUGUUCAGAUAUGGCUGUUACUUUUAAUGGACUGACUCCUAAUCAAAUGCAUGUGAUGAUGUAUGGGGUGUACCGUCUUAGGGCAUUUGGACAUAUUUUCAAUGAUGCAUUGGUUUUCUUACCUCCAAAUGGUUCUGACAAUGACUGAGAAGUGAAACCAGAGCAUGUACGUGAUCACUUAUAGGACAUGUGUUGUCAUUAUUUGUAGUAACAACUACAUAUCUAACACAGCAGUAUGUUUCUUUUUUUCCUUUUCCAUUUGGUGACACUGGUUUAAUCAUGCAUUAAAAUUUAGUAGUACACUUUUAAAUAGGAUGGGUUUUUUCCUUAAAACACAUGUGAAAAUUUCAAACGUGUUGGAAGAAAUGUCUUAAGAAUAAUAAUUUUGCAAAUAAAGCAUAUAUUUAUAAAUAUA